AUGAUUGUCCCAUUACUGACUCUGGCUGCUAUCGGAAAGACAGCACCAGAGCAAUUGCAUUUCAACUACGCCGGGGACCGUGCCAUGAUGAUCAGCUGGAACACAAAAGAGAAGCUGGAGUUUCCGUCGGUUUUCUACGGACGCGGUCGAUCGCUUAAUCAAAUCGCUUUCUCGCAAAUUUCUGUCACAUAUCCAACCUCAACAACGUACAGUAAUCACGUCUUGAUCGAGGGCCUAAAGCCGGACACCGAGUACAAUUUUGCUGUGCAAUGUGCCGAAGAGAAUGAUCAUCAUCGAUUCAAAACUAGUUUGCCGGCUGGAAACCCUCGUCCAUACUCUUUUGCCUUUUUUGGAGACUUGGGAACUAUGGGUCCCUUGGGUUUGACCUCCUAUGGUCAAAAGGAUGCACUCAGUCCCGGUGAAAUCACCACAAUAGAAUCCUUGAACCGCUUCAAAGGUCAAGUGGAAUUCAUGUGGCACGAUGGAGAUCUUGCUUAUGCCGACGAUUGGCUGAAGGAAGAACUCAAUGGUUUCUUGCCGAAUACUACCGUCGAGGAAGGAGCUGCGGUAUAUGAAGCCAUUUUGAAUGCUUUCUACAAUGAGAUGGCUGGAAACGUGACCAUGGAACUCCCAUACAUGGUUGGACCUGGAAAUCAUGAGGCGAAUUGUGACAAUGGAGGAAGCGGUGACUAUACAGACAGCAUUUGUGCUCAGGGCCAAACAAAUUUCACUGGCUUUCGGAACCACUUCCGCAUGCCUUCCGAGCAGUCAGGCGGUCUCGAGAACUUUUGGUACUCAUGGGACUAUGGAAUGGUGCACUACAUCCAAUUCAACACUGAGACCGAUUUUCCCGAUGCGCCCGACCUGCCCGGUGGAAGCGGAGACGAAAAUGCUGGCCCUUUCGCGCCAAAUGGCACACAGCUUGAAUGGCUGAAAAAGGAUCUUGCGUCCGUCGACCGCAAAAAGACACCCUGGAUCAUCGUCGCUGGCCACCGUCCCUGGUAUGUUGACGAGACCAAGUGUGACGCAUGCCAAGCAGCUUUUGAGCCACUCUUCAUUGAGUUUGGGGUUGACAUCGCGCUCUUUGGCCACAAACAUUUCUAUGAGCGCAUGGCACCCAUCGCUAAUGGAGUCUUGGAUCCAAAUGGCCUUGACAAUCCGUUUGCUCCGUGGUAUCUGGUCAACGGUGCUGCGGGUCACUAUGAAGGAUUGUCCUCUUUGGAAACACCACUAGAGAAUUAUACAGUCGAGGCUAUUGACACUGUUUAUGGAUGGAGUCGAUUCACUGUUCAUAACUGCACACAUAUUACGCAGGACUUCAUUGCCAGUGCCAAUGGUACAGUUCUGGACUCGGCCACGCUAUACAAGAAUCACGAUGGAUGCAAGUUUUGA